AUGUUCCUCGUGGCCCUCCUCCGUCAUGGCAUUCGCCUGCUGCUCCCCCUGGCGAUAGCCUCCACGUUCUACCUCUAUCUGUAUCCUGUCUUUCUGGGAUGCGCCUUUCCUUUACCCCUGACCGCCACGACCAACACCACCACCCGCGGCCUUGAGACACCUUCCGAGUCGGCAGCCGGGCUGCCAGCUUUCCUCGAGACACUACAACAACAUGUCCCUAAGCUUCCGAUCCCAUCGCGCACCGAUGCGCAACCGGCACCAUUCCGACUCCUCGCACUCGGCGAUCCCCAGCUCGAGGGCGACUCCUCCAUCCCCAACUCGAAAGGUCCUCGCGUACCGCACCUUCAGAGCCUCUACCGCCAUGUCACCUACAAGACGGCGCACUCGUCGCUGCGCGAGCGCAUUCGCCAGGCCCUCCACGACUGGAUCGACUUUAUCUUUGAAGACGUCUUCGUCGAGCUAGAAUCCCUGCGCAAACACAUCGACCUCUUCGGCAACGACUUCUACCUCGCCCACAUCUACAGAACGGUCCACUGGUGGACCAAGCCCACGCAUCUGACCGUGCUCGGCGACCUGCUGGGCAGCCAAUGGGUCAAGGAUGACGAGUUUCAGCGACGCGCAGGGCGGUUCUGGAACCGCGUCUUCCGCGGCACCGAGCGCGUGCCCGACGAGACGGCCGUCUAUCCGGCCAUGGACUACGACCUGUCGGCCAUCAUGGGCAACGAGGGCGAGGAGGCCGUCUGGCAGCGGCGCGCCAUCAACAUCGUCGGCAACCACGACAUUGGCUACGCCGGCGACAUCAACGAGGACCGCUUGCGCCGCUUCGAAAAGGCCUUUGGCAAGGCCAACUACGAGCUUCGCUUUGAGCUGGGCCGCCAGGACCCCACGGCCAACGGCACCCUCUACGACGAGGCGACGAACCCGACCUCCGACCGCUUGCCGCCCGAGCUGCGCGUCGUCGUGCUCAACGACAUGAACCUCGACACGCCGGCGCGCGACGCCAAGCUGCAGGACGACACGUACAAGUUCAUCAACGACGUCAUCGCCACCUCGUCCGCCGUCGAGUUCCGCGGCCACUUCACCAUUGUCCUGACGCACGUGCCCCUCUACAAGCCCGAGGGCGUCUGCGUCGACGCGCCGCUCUUCACCUUUCACGACCACGACGGCGGCCUCAAGGAGCAGAACCAGCUGUCCUCGGCCGCGAGCAAGGGCUUCCUCGAGGGCAUCUACGGCAUGAGCGGCGACCCCCACGCCCCGGGCCACGGCCUGGGCCGCCCGGGCGUCAUCCUCAACGGCCACGACCACGAGGGCUGCGACACGUACCACUUCAUCCGCCAGGUCAAGGAGGGGAACCGCUACUGGGACGUCAGCCGCUGGGAGCACGCCAAGGGCAACGGCACCGUCGGCGCCGACGGCCUCUCCGGCAUUCGGGAGAUUACGGUGCGCAGCAUGAUGGGCGAUUUCGGCGGCAACGCCGGCCUGCUCAGCGCCUGGUUUGACGAGGCGACGUGGAGCUGGAAGUUUGAGUACGCGACGUGCGCCCUGGGCACCCAGCAUCUCUGGUGGGCCGUGCACAUUCUCGAUCUCAUUACGGUCGUCGUCGCCGUGGCCUAUGCCGUUGUGUCGAUCACGGGGUUGGCGUCCGAGAAGGGCACAGCCAAGACGCCACAGCGCAACGGCAGCGCCGUACCUGCGACCAAUGCGAAAAAGCAGCCAAAAGAUGGCAAGGCCGCGAAUGGGGAUGCUGCCCAAGUGCCGAAGAAUGCGACGCCGAGAUCGCCAGAGGAGGAGAAGCCGAAGAAAGCGCCAUAG